AUGCCUUCCUCCGCCCCGGUUAUAAGGCCUAAGCAGGCUCAGCCGGUCACAUCCCAUAAAGACCAGGAGCCAAUCAGUUACGACAUCAACAUCCCAUAUGUGGAUGUCACAAAGGAAAACCAUCUACGAACCAGCUAUCCUGAAUACCUCCCUACAUGGGACAAGAUGUGGUUCGAUCCGCUCCCUAAUUUCGACUAUGAGGAUCCUGCAUUGCGAGUUAAGGAUAAAUCCAAGCCCUCUCUUUUGACUCCCGAUGUCAAGGUCACAGAAAUCCAGCCUCAGAUUGGAACCAUCCUUGAAGGCGUGCAAUUGAGCGAACUCUCCACGGCAGCUAAGGACGAACUCGCGCUGCUUGUCGCCGAGCGCAGGGUUGUUGCCUUCCCCAACCAAGAUCUCAUUGAUGCCGGUCCCGCAGCACAAUCAGAAUUUAUGAGCCACUUUGGCAAACCAAACUAUCAGCCCGUAUCAGGUACCGUUCGCGGGUUCCCAGGCUUUCAUAUUAUCCACCGCGAUGGGAAUCGCGAAGAGAUCUCUCGUUUCCUGGAGCAGCGCACAACCACCACUCUCUGGCACCAGGAUGUCAGCUACGAAGUGCAGCCGCCUGGGUAUGUCAUGUUAGGACUUUUGGAAGGACCAGAAGUCGGAGGUGAUACUGUUUUUGCUGCGACCGACCUGGCCUAUAAGCGCUUAUCCCCAACUCUCUGCGCGUGGCUGGACACUUUGCAGGCAGUCCACUCAUCUUCGAAAAUGAUCACCCACACUCGUCUUACUGGUGGUUUGGUUCGCAAAGAUGCUGUCGACACCGUCCACCCAUUGGUGCGCGUGCACCCUGUGACUGGACAGAAAACCCUUUUCCUCAACGGAGAAUUUAUCACCAAGAUCCCAGGCCUCAAAGAGGCAGAACAGCGGUGGCUGAUCGACUUUCUUAUGCAACACUUUAUUUCAGGACACGAUUUCCAAGCUCGCGUUCGAUGGCAACCCAAGACUAUCGUCAUUUUCGACAACAGGAGCACCAUUCAUUCGGCUAUUGUUGACUACAUUGAUGACGAUUACGGUGCUAAACUCCGCCAUAUCUUCCGUCUCUGUGCCUUGGGCGAAAAGCCGAUCCCCGUUUACGACCAAUUUGAAUAA